GCAUAUAGGCAUUACCUGUGGACACAGACAGCAGGCACUGUAUCUCUGUUGUAAUGUGAGGUGCACUUCACAGUAUAUAAACGUCCCAGUCUACGGUCCUAGAAACCAGUCCUCCUGCUGCUCUGCCACCGACUGCUCUGGAGGGUCAUUAAAGAACCAUGGUGCCCAGAAUCUUUGGUUCCAUCGGCAUAUUCUUCGUUCUCCUCCUCCACUGGUCAAAGGCAGACACAGGGGCCCACAUCACCUCAGGCCUGUGGCUGUGCCAGCAAGCACCCAGAUGUGGGCACCGGAUGUACAACCCCAUGGAGCAAUGCUGUGAUCAUGACACCAUCCUGCCCCUCAACCGGACCAACCUCUGUGGUCUGGCCCCGCCUCUGUGGCCCCCAACUGCACAUUCUGGCCCUGCUUUGAGCUCUGCUGUCCCGAGUCGUUUGGCCCCCAGAAGAGAUUUGUUGUGAGACUGAAGGUUCUGGGGAUAAAGUCACAGUGCCCUACCUCUCCCAUCUCCAGAGUCUGUCCCAGGUAAGGACCCUGCCUCACUC